GUUCAUCUGCGUGUAGUUUCUUCUCGUACUUUCCUUUUAUUCCUACGUUUUUGCUCUUUCAGAUGGCAGUGCCUGGCUACAAGUUACUGAAGUAUCCGUCAUUUCUUCACUGCCUGAGCCGUGCUACUGCUUGUGAAUCCUGAAUCUGUAUGGCUUUUUCCUGAACCAUCUGUGUCGACUGGGAGACAAGACUUGAAAUCAAAGAGCCAACUCCAAAACCAAACUUUACUGAAGAUUCCUCCAUGUGGUGAUGGAAAGGAAAGGUACGUGGCAUUCUACAAUACAGCACAACUGAGAAAAUGAUACUUGUGGUGAGGCCCCACAGAAUAACUAGGAUAGAAGAGCUGGAGCAAGUACCAGUUACUCAUAAGGAAACACUCAUUGAGAAAGAGGGUUUUAGGAGAUAAUGAAUUUUAAUUAUGUUCCAGUCAGGCUUCACUAUGAAGAAAAGACCUCAUAAUUGGAAUUCCCAUGGAAAAGACACUAAGCAAAAUUUUGAGUUAAUAAAAACUCAAAGAAUGUUUGUGGGGAAGAAAAUCUAUGAAUGUAACGAAUGUGGGAAAACCUUCAGUCAGAGCUCAUCCCUUCUCAAGCACCAGCGGAUUCAUACUGGAGAAAAGCCCUAUAAGUGUAAUGUAUGUGGGAAGCACUUCAUUGAACGCUCUUCCCUUACUGUACAUCAAAGAAUUCAUACCGGAGAAAAACCCUACAAAUGUAAUGAAUGUGGGAAAGCCUUUAGUCAGAGCAUGAAUCUUACUGUUCAUCAAAGAACUCACACUGGAGAGAAACCCUACCAGUGUAAAGAAUGUGGAAAAUCCUUCCGUAAGAAUUCUUCCCUUGUUCAACAUGGAAGAAUUCAUACUGGAGAGAAACCUUAUAAAUGUAAUGAAUGUGGGAAAGCUUUUACCCAAAGCAUGAAUCUUACAGUUCAUCAAAGAACUCAUACAGGAGAAAAACCCUAUGAAUGCAAUGAAUGCGGAAAAGCCUUUAGUCAAAGCAUGCAUCUUAUUGUUCAUCAGAGAAGUCACACUGGAGAAAGACCAUAUGAGUGUAGUGAAUGUGGAAAAUCCUUUAGUAAGAGCUCAACUCUUACACUACAUCAGCGAAAUCACACUGGAGAAAAACCUUACAAAUGUAACAAAUGUGGGAAAUCCUUUAGCCAAAGUACAUACCUUAUAGAACAUCAGAGACUUCAUUCUGGAGUGAAACCUUUUGAAUGCAAUCAGUGUGGGAAGGCUUUUAGUAAGAAUUCAUCUCUUACUCAGCAUCGGAGGAUUCACACUGGAGAAAAACCUUAUGAGUGUAUGGUGUGUGGAAAACAUUUCACUGGAAGAUCAUCACUUACUGUACAUCAGGUUAUUCACACUGGAGAGAAACCUUAUGAGUGCAACGAAUGUGGAAAGGCCUUCAGCCAGAGUGCAUACCUGAUUGAACAUCAGAGAAUCCAUACUGGUGAAAAGCCCUAUGAAUGUGAUCAGUGUGGAAAAGCCUUCAUUAAGAAUUCAUCCCUCAUAGUGCACCAGAGAACUCACACAGGAGAGAAACCCUAUCAGUGUCAUGAAUGUGGGAAGGCCUUCAGUCGGAGUACAAAUCUUACCCGGCAUCAAAGAACUCACAUGUGAGGAAAAUUUUCAUUGGCCUCUUCAUUAAGAUUAACUCAGUUAUAAUCACAUAGGUUAUGUAAUGGAAAAGCUGAUUAGAUGUAAUGAUGGUUAGAAGCUUUUAAACUAUAAUAUACCAUGUUGAUAAUACAAACCAGUGUCAAAAAAACCAUAUAAAAGUAGAGAAUUUUUCAUUCAGAAGGUACUAUGUAUGACAAGGUUGAAUUAGCUAAUGUUACAAACAUGAAGACUCAAGCUGAAUGUAAGUCCAGUUGUAUCAUACCACAUACUCUUUGAAUAUCAUAGACUUUACACUGGAGAGAAAAUGUGAGUUUGACUUGGUGGUCCAAAGACCUGCUGUGUAGUCAUGAUCUGCCAUUAAUUUGGACAAGUCACCCUUUCUAUGCAGGUCUGAGUUUCCUUACCUGGUAAGCGAGAGAGUUUGGAUUUAUAGGGUUAUUAAGAUUCCUGUUAGCAAACAUGUUACAAGCCUAUAGGUACAGUUAAUGCCAAGAAAUUCUU